AUGGCCUCGGCCGAGCUGGCCCAGAAGCUGCAGCGCCGGCUGCUGCGGGACGGCAGCACUUCGGAGGCUCCUCCCGAGGACGGCGACGAGCCCGCGGGGUCCGAGGCGAGCCUGGCGGAGCCGGACGACGACGACGACCAGAACCCCGUGAACGCCUCCGCGGACCCGGAGCUGAGCGCCAAGCUGAGUCGCAGGCAGGACAUCAACGCGGGCGCGGCGCGGCCCCGCUUCGCCCAGAUCUUCAAUCCUUACACGGAGUUCAAGGAGUUCAGCCGCCGGCAGAUCAAGGACAUGGAGCGGCUCUUCCGACUGUAUGACUCUGGGAAGGAUGGUUACAUUGACCUUAUGGAACUGAAGCUGAUGAUGGAGAAGCUUGGGGCACCUCAGACUCAUCUGGGCCUGAAGAACAUGAUCAAGGAAGUGGAUGAAGACUUUGAUGGCAAACUCAGCUUCCGUGAGUUUCUACUCAUUUUCCACAAAGCUGCAGCUGGGGAGCUUGAAGAAGACAGUGGCCUGCUAGCUUUGGCAAAACUUUCCGAAAUAGAUGUCGCCCUUGAGGGAGUGAAAGGAGCCAAGAACUUCUUUGAAGCAAAGGUUCAAGCUUUGUCCUCAGCCAGUAAGUUUGAAGCAGAGAUAAAAGCAGAGCAAGAUGAGCGAAAACGUGAGGAAGAGGAGAGACGUCACCGCAGAGCAGCCUUCCGAGAACUCAAGUCUGCAUUCAGUCAAUAACUGAGGCAACCUAUCGGCCACCUGAGGGACUUUGUACAAUCUUACAAGUUUUGCCUUUGACAAGGCGAAGGACCAGGAGAGGGAACAAAACUGAUUUGAAGCCUUUUCUUUUCUUUUUCUGAGCCUCCUACCUAGAUGCUGGGGGGGGGGGUGUGUGCCAUACACACAGUGGCAUUCAGAACGGUGCAAAACCAGGAGUGGUUCAAGCAACCCCCUUUAUUUCUGUAAUAGGCAUUGCUUAGAAGAAUCAAAAUGUCCUAAUGCUUUAGCCUGAGGCAGAUGAUUGAAGCACCUGAUAAUAGUGCUUACCAUUUGCAUCUUGGUCAGAAAACACUCCUUGUGUCCUUCUGAAUGUCUCUGUGUCAUAGCUCUGUAAUUUCCCUCGGGCUUCCUUUCUGUAUACCUUUUGACUCCUCCUGAGUUUUACAAAACCAUUUCUUGCUUCUAAACAAGCUGACCCUUCUUCUAGGUGCAGAUCACAAUCCUUUCAUGUGCAAAUAAAUGCCCCAAUUCCUAAUGUAUCAUUCUUUUCCGUCUUUGUGCUCACUAUUGGGGGUGGAGGGAAAAGACGACAGCUUUCUGGUACAACAGCUCCCCAGUAACGAAGGGAAACCCAGUUAGUAAAUAUUGGCUGAGAUCCAAAGAGCUUCUUGGGUGAAUAGCAGGCACGUCUUCCACUCAAUCCUCAAAUUCUUGUGCAAGCCAAUGCCACCCCACUCCUCCAAUGCAGCCCCCACAUUGCAUAUCCUCCAUCAUCCCUUGACCCCUGCAAGCAGGUUUUCAAGGGGACACAAGGUACCAUGACUUGAAAGAGGUGGCAGGAAAACCUUGUUGUGUGGGCAGAACUCUACUCAUGCUUUUCUGGGUCCAAGCCAUUUUUUAACUCAUAAAGAUUCUGUUCAGGGAUACAGCAGUCACCAUUCAAUUUUACCCUUUCCAUGUAUACAAACGACUGUACUUUUUGAGCAACAAAUAGAACUGCUAAGUUCUGGCCACAUUCCAUUGCAUUCUCUGUGUAGGUCCAUAGCUGUUUUCCACUUUCUCCUUUUUAUUUUUUAAAGCCAUUGGAUUUUAAGAAGCAAGGAAACAUCAAUCAAUAAGAUGUUCAGUGAAGUGGAUUAGUACAGUUUUGGGGACACAGUGGCUUCCCACCCCAUGGAAUUUUUAAUCUUCUUGCAAACAUUGGUGCAAAUGAAAGAGCUUCUGUAGAGUUAACACUUACAUAAAACAGCCAGUUCUGCUUGCAAGAGAAAAUAGAUUCCGAAAGCAGCAUGUUACUCUGCUCAGAAAGCUUGUACUAUAUUCAGAACUUAUACUUGUGUGUAUAUAUCUAUAUCUUCAUGUAUAGAAAAGGAAAACAUCUUCUUCCUUGCCAAGCUUGUCAUCUGAUCAUAAACUGGAUCUCUCAUCCUCAACUUUAUUUUCACUGUCUUUUAGCUUUUUACACUGUGACACUAAACUGUGAGUGUGGAAUAACAAAGGGAGCCCAUCUGAUAUUUAAUAAUGGGUGGGGAAAUUGCUAAACAAUUUUUUAAAACUGUAUUUGCAAGACCACAGAUUAUAUUUGAUAAAAAUCACAUGUUUUAGCUAAAAUAUUUAUAAUAAAUGUUUUUAUACAUGCAAAAGUUUGAUUUUUCUUCCCCUGUUGCUUAGUUAUGCAAAUAAAACUUCUAACUUGCUGGAGGCUAA